AUGAAAGAACAAGUAUUUAGUAUUGUCUUACUAACAUUUUUUGUAUUCAUCAAUACAGAAUCGGUAAAUAAUGAUAACGACUUAAAAUCAGAUUUAAUAGAAGACUCUUUGAUUCAUCGUUAUUUUUUGAAUAAAUAUGUUUCAUUGAAAGCAAGAGAAAUUCCAACAUUUACUGAAGCUCAUCGAAAAUUUCAAAAUGAUUCAUUGGAUAUUCAUAAUAUCUUACGUGCUCGUCAUUGUGUACCAUCAUUAGUACUCGAUGAAGAAAUAAAUAUACGAGCUCAAAUUUAUGCUGAACAUCUUGCUAUACAAGAUGGUAAAUUAAUGCAUAGUACUGAUCGACAUGAUCUUUUUGGAGAAAAUCUUUAUGCAAUAACACGCAAAACUCCUAUUACCAAUCUAAGUGCUGUUAAAGUAACACUUACAUGGUAUGCAGAAAUUGCUCUGUAUGAUUAUAAUAAGCCAGGUUAUAACAAAAGUAUAGGUCAUUUUUCACAAAUUGUUUGGAAAGAUACAAAACGACUUGGUGUAGGAUAUGCUACGGCAAGAGAAGGUCGUAAAAUGUUUGUUGUUGCACAAUAUCGACCACCAGGUAAUUAUGACUUUGAAUUUAGUACAUGUGUUCUUAAACCAUUAUGUUAA